CAACCUCAUAAUCUUGUCAUUUCUUACGACGCUAUGGUCAAAACACUCCCAUUCGCCGAUAUCGAGGUCCCCUCGCCCGGCUUUGGCGCGAUGGGCAUCAGCUUUGGCCUGGGCAACGACUUAACCCUUGAGCAAGCCGAGCCAGUCCUCCUCAAGGCAAUUGAGUUGGGGUGCACUUUCUGGGACACUGCCGUUGUAUACCAGGCCGGUGUGAAUGAGAAGCUUUUGGGAGAUUUUAUCAGGAAGCAUAACAUUCGCAACAAGGUCUUCGUUGCCUCUAAGUGCGGAUUUGACGUAUUCGGGCACGGAAAUGUCACGAAUUCUGCCUCCCACAUUAAGACCUACAUCGAAGGCACGAUUGAGCGACUUGGGUUUACGCCAGACCUGUACUACCUUCAUCGGAUCGACCCCAACACUCCCCUAGAAGAGUCGAUUCCCGCUCUCGAUGAGAUCCGCAAGACUGGCAAGACCAAGUACAUUGGUCUUUCCGAGUGCUCUGCCCAGACGCUCCGAAAGGCCAACUCGAUUGCAAAGAUCGAUGCCGUUCAAGCCGAGUACUCUGCAUUCGAGACUCUGCAUGAAUCUGAUGGCCUGAUCGACACCGCAAAAGAGCUGGGCGUUGCAUACGUAGCCUACAGUCCUCUAGGUCAUGGCUGGCUCGUCGACGAUUUCCCCUACAACACUCCCGACGACUUUGCGCCUGACGAUUUCCGCCGAAGCGUCCCCAAAUUCCAAGGCGAGAACUUCUACAGCAACAAGAGGAUCGUAGAAGAAAUCAAAAAGCUCGCCGCGCGCAAGGGCUGUACUCUGAGCCAGAUCGCUCUUGCAUGGGUCGCGGCCCAGGGAAUGAUUGCUAUUCCGGGCACAACGAAAGCUAAAAGGCUAGAGGAGAACUGGGCGUCGAGAGAUAUCGACUUGACGAAGGAGGAGAAGCAAGAGUUCCGGAACAUCCUAGACAACAUUAGGCCGCAUGGGAAUAGAUAUAGUGCCAAAAAUCAGGCCUUGGUAGGGCAUUAG